AUGUUUCGUCCACAACAUUCUCUUCAAUAUAACAACGGAAGCAGGGCAGAGUCUCCCGAGGUCUUUGACUAUCCAGGGCUUGCCACCCAACUCUUCGAUAUCGCCCGGGUCUGCCAACUUCCUCACGAAUAUAUGGUCUUUGUUGCUCAAAUCGCUGAGCUUGGGCAAUGGAAAGCCGUACAAGACGCCAAUGGAAUUUUGAGCUACCGCGAGCUUGCCCGCCGCGGACAAGCGAUUGAGCUCUCUAUCUUUGGCCAAACUACUCAAGCUUCUCAGGCUAGUGGUUACGCCAAUUACUCUUACUCGCCUUCUGCGCCUGUGCAUUCCUUAGCACCGCAAAUGGGAUACGUUCCAAAUAUGCAAGCUUUACACCCUGCCCAUGGCAUUGCCCAGUCCUCGCAAUUUGUCAAUAUGGUCUCCCAAGCGCCUCCAACCCAGCUCAUCCACAUGGACGCUUGCGUGUCGAUGCUUCACUGCGUUGUAUCUGGACCCAACCCUCGCGUACCAGAGCUUACCAAUGCAACGCGUACCAUCCUUUCCCGGUUCCAAUCCAUCCACGUUGCCCAACGCACAGUCUCGCUCUUAUUCCCUCUCUGCAUCGCUGGUAUCCUCGGAGAUAACGCAGAAUCGCAGCUCGUGCAGUCUCAAGUCAACUCUUUGGGUGCGCCCAUAGAGUUAGUGCACUCUGUUACGCGGUUGAUUGCGCAUGUACGCCAGGCUCGCUGGACGCACGAAAUCAGCACGGCCAAUCCUCUCGUGACAUGA